AUGGCUUCAGCUGGUGAGAAGCCGGGCGUCCUCGACGUUGAGCGGGUAUCCAAUGCUUCCGCCGACGCCGCUGUUGCUUACGAGGAGGGAAAGGCCGCCGUCGAUGGUGCAGUCGUCUGCACCGAUGAAGACAACAAACGAAUUGUUCGCAAGACCGACUUCUGGAUGUUGUCGCUCCUCUGCAUGGUCUACUUCCUCCAAUCCGCCGACAAGGGCAUCAUUGGUUUGACGGCCGUCUACGGAUUGAAGAAGGAUGCAAAGCUUACGGGAAACGAUUACUCAAACAUUGGUAACAUCGGUUACUACGCACAACUUGGCGUGCAGCCCUUGGCAGCAUGGAUCCUCGUCAAGCUUCGAUACCGUCACGUCUUGCCAGUCAUUAUUGUAUGCUGGGGCAUUUCCGUCGCUGGUGGGCUCGGUGGCUCAACAAAUUACGCUGGACUCAUGGCAUCUCGAUUCUUCCUCGGUGCCUUCGAAGCAGCCCCUUUCCGCGUGGCCUGCUGGUACAGUUGCUAUGGACUCAGUACCCUCAUCAGCGCUCCUAUCGUCUACGGAUUUGGCCGAAUCCACUCUCCCCAUCUAUACCGCUACCAGAUUGUCUACCUCUUCUUCGGAUGUCUGACCAUCGCCAUUGGCCUCAUCACUUACUGGUGGGCUCACGACAGUCCUGGAGAGGCUCGGUUCUUGUCGCCCGAAGACCGCUUGAAGGCUGUCGAGCGAGUCAAGGCCAACCAACAGGGUAUCAAUUCGCACAAGUUCAACUGGAAGCAUGUCACUGAGGCUAUGACUGAGCCAAAGUACUGGCUGUAUAUGAUCAUGGUCAUUGCCGUUAAUGCCGGCGCCUCCGUCUCGUCCGUCUUCGGUUCCAUUAUCCUCCAGAACCUGGCUGGUUUCACCGCCGACGAAGCUGUCCUGCUCAACAUGCCAUUUGGAGCGCUUCAGUUCGUCUCCAUUCUCCUCGCAUCAUGGCUGGCAUACCGUUUCAAGCGCAAGUCUCCGUUCUUGCUUAUACUCGUCACCAUUGUCAUUGUUGGUGUCGCGCUUCUGGUCGGUCUUCCAAAGACAAAGGACAACAAAGCGGGUCUCCUGGUCGGCUACUACUUGAUUGCAUUUGUCUUCGCCAUCAACCCUCUGCUCAUUUCCUGGAUGGGAGCAAACUGUGCCGGACAGACCAAGAAGGCCAUUUACUACACCUCGUUCAAUGCCGGAAACUCGAUUGGAAACAUCAUCACCCCCUACAUCUUUGACAAGAAAUUCGCUCCGCAAUAUGUAAAUGCCCUCAAAGGUAUUCUGUCGAUUUGGUGUGUUCUUUGGGGCGUCGUGAUUGCACAGGUCUUCGUCAUCAUGUGGAUGCAGAAGAAGAAGUGCGAUGAGCGUGAGGCAGCUGGUCUUCCGAGAAACCCCAUAGACUACUCGAUGAGCGGACACCAGCAAGAUGCCGACGCUGAGGUGCAUGGCGAAAACGGUCUGCAGGAUAUGACGGAUCGGGAAAAUAUCUACUUCCAGUACUUGCUGUAA